AUGGAAAAACAUAGAGAAUAUUAUGUCAAAGAAUUUGACAUUGAAUUAUCAAAUACUGGAGAAAUCUCUCAAAUCCAAUAUUUUUGUAAUUCCGAAAACGAGCCAAUUUAUUUUCCAGAUAGAACCUUAGCCGCUUUGUUUCAUGUUAAUUUGUCAACUCUUCGUGGAAGAUUUAAUCGUCUAACCAAAAAAUAUCAAGGUUUCCGUUUGUUAAUAUCCGAAAAAUCAAAAACUCGUUUAAGUUCAUUUCAUUCUAUAAAUUGGUCAAAAUCAGUUCAAAAUAAUAAUAAUAAUAAUAAUAACGAAUUAAUUAACAAUAAUCAAUUAAAAAAUUGCUCUCAAUCAUCAAUAAUACAAUUAAAUAAUAAUAAUAAUAAUAAUAUUAAUAAUAUUAAUAACAAUAACAAUAAUAUUAAUAAUAUUUUGACAAAUCAACAAAAUUCUAAUUUUAAUAUUGGAAUUACAUCUGAUUUUAAUACAAAAUUGAGUAAUAAUAAUAAUAACAAUAAUAAUAUUGUUAAUAAUAAUAAUAAUAAUAAUAAUAAUAAUAAUAAUAAUAAUAAUAAUAAUAAUAAUAAUAAUAAUAAUUUUCAACAAUCACCACCAUCACCAAUAUCUUCACCAAAUUUAAAUGGUAACUCUUCACCACUUCAUGGAUUGGUCGCAUUAAAUCAUGUUAAAUUGGUAAAUGUUGCAUUGGGUGAAUGGAUUGCAAAUAAUCAUGAAAGAUUGGGUACAAAUAUUUCAUAUAUUGAAGAGAAUUUUAUUAAGUCCGAUAUUCCAUACAUUAGACAAGGUGAUAAGAUUAUUAUUCAAGUUACACAAAAAGAAGAUUUAAAUCCACCCUUCCCAGGUUCAAAUAAUUUCUUUCAACCAUAUUUUCCAAGACCAUUCUCACCAUCUUCAAAUAGUUCAACACCAUCAUUAUGCUCACCUGGUUCAUCAAAUGUAAAUAACAAUAACAAUAAUAUUAAUAAUAAUAAUUCAAAUAUGAAUAUUAGUACCUUAUCAUUAUCAUCUCCAAUUCCAAGUGCUUCUUCAACUCCAACUUCUUUAAGUAUUCAACCAUCACCAUUUGGUACUCAUUUUAAUUUUAAUAGUUCAAGCUUAUUACAUAAUUCAUCAUCUUCAACGAAUAGUUCUGCCAUUUCAUCUCCAACAUCUACACUUACAUCAGAUGAUUCAUCAUCAUCUUCUUCUUCUUCAUCAUCGACAUCGUCAUCAUCAUCAUCAUCAUCUUCAUCAACAUAUAACAAUAAUUCACAAAAUAGAGGUAACCAAAAUAUUACAUCAUCUCAAACCUUAUUCCAAUUGUCACAAGGACAAUCGAUACCAACUAAUCAACCAUUAUACAAUCAAUACUUUAAUUAUCAAACAACAACUGCACCAGUCACUGGUAAUCAACAAAAUAGUAGACAAACUCCAAUUCCUACAUUCAAUAGUUAUUCAAAUCCAACUCCAUCCAAUGAAAAAAAGGCAUCGCCAUACUCUACCCAACAAGAUUAUACAUCUCCUGAUAUUUUCAGUUCUGAUUCUGAUUAUAAGUCCCAAUCAUCAUCAUAUGAUAGUCCAACUGUUCCUUCUUCUCCAAUGGGUUCAAUUUAUGAUGAAAAUGAUUUCGAUACUAAAAUAAAUGAAAAUAAUAAUAAUAAUAAUAAUAAUAAUAACUCUAAUAAUAAUAAUAAUAAUAAUAAUAAUAAUAAUAAUAAUAACAAUAAUAAUAAUAAUAAUAAUAAUAAUAAUUCUAAUAAUAAUAAUAAUAACAACAAUAAUAAUACCAAUAAUAAUAACAAUAAUAAUAAUAAUAAUAAUAGUAAUAGCAAUAAUAAUAAUUCAAAUUCAAAUUCAAAUAUUAGUCCACAAAAAAAACCAACUUUUGAAGAAUUAAAUUAUAUAACUUAUUUAAAUAUGGCAAGUAGAGCAUCCUUGAAUAGCCAAUCAUCGAGUUAUUACAGUUUCAACAGUUUUAACAACAAUAAUAACAACUAUGGUAAUAGUAGAACCACUACAACUUCUACAUCUGUAAAUAAUAAUAAUAAAAAAAGGUUAGCAACCGAAUACCCUUUGGACGAAAGAUACAGUACCUCAAUCAAUACCUUUGUAAAUAACCAACAACAAAUUGUUAAACCUGAACCUUUUUCAUUUUUUAAGCCAUCGGCAACCGUUAAUGGUUUUGUUAAUAAUCAAGCACCUUUUAAUAUUCAACAAUCUCAACAAUCAAUUACUUAUCCGCCACAAUUUUAUAAUGCAAAUUCAAAUAUUAAUAUGUUAAAUAUAAAUAAUUUAAAUAAUAGUAUAUUAUCAAAACAUAUGCAACAACAAUAUCAUCCAUCACAAACCAAACCAAAUAAUAUUCCACCACCACCAACAACAACCACAACAACUACAACAACAAGAUCAACAACCCCAACUUUUCAAAAUAAUAAUAAUAACAAUAACAAUAACAAUAAUAACAAUAAUAAUAACAAUAUAAAUUCAAAUUUCAGUUAUGGUUUUAAUAUUGAUAGUGAUUGUGAUAUUGAUUUUGAAAAAAAGAUUGAAAAUUUAAAUAAUAAUAACAACUCAUCAUCAUUAUCAACAUCACCAUCACCAACAACUACUACAAUUUCACCAGUUUCAUCACCAACAAAAAAACAAAAAACUGUAAACAAUGUUUGUUGUUCAAUUGAAGGUGGCGAAAGUAAAACAAUUGAUCUUUCAAGUGUUGCCGAUUUUAAUGAAUUAAAAAAACAAAUAUCACAAUCAUUCAAAAUGAUGUCUUUUUCAAUGUCAUUUGUUUCUCAAAAACAACAAAAACAAAUUACAACUCCAUUAAUCAAUAGUAAUUCAGAUUUCGAUUUGGGUAAUGAAAAUUGGAAUGAGUUCAUUGUAAAGGUUGAAAAAAUAUGUAUUAGACCAGUUAAUACUACCCCAGAAAUUAGAAAUUUAAUUAAUUUUUGUUAA